AUGCCAACCUCUUUAGGACAAGCCAUUCCAAAUCUCCUCCUCCGAGAGCACAGCACCAUCUCCGCCCCCGUCCCAAAUCCAUACAAUCUGAACUCCGCGUGGGCGGAAGCCGAAAUCUGGAUUUUCGGGCAGCUCCGUUCAGGAAUGCAUCCCGGCGCCAUCAACAACCUUAUUGCCAGAUUGUCCAACCUCUUAAAUCAAGGCGAUCCCUAUGCACACGAUUUCUUAGAAGCCUGCAGGAGAAUCCUCAAGAACCUUGCUAGGAAUGGGCUCUUUCAGGAGUUACCGGGUCUUGAAGAGUAUGAGAAGCUCGUGGAGGGAGGGAACUGGCCGUUGAAAAGAGUAACGUUCACGAUUAUGAUGUGUAAUCGUUAUGCGGAUAAUGAGAUGUUGAGAAGUUGUAGCCUGGAUUCGUACACGGCGCAGAUCUUAGACAGGCCUCCUCCUAUUGAUCCAGAAUCGAGAAGAAUUCUCCAGCUCGAGGAAGAGAACGUCAUCAAAGAGGUGGAGAAUCAUCGCAGGAUCACCGAACAGCGCCUGAGACGCUACACCGACAUCCCAAAACCCUAUUCCAUAGGUUUGUACGGCGACAAAGAUGUUUUCGAUGGCCCCCUCCGACAAGUCAAUCUUUUCUCCAGCGGCCCGACAGGCUUGAAUCGUGGUAAUAUGGCAUCUUACCUUGAUAAAGGUGAGGUAGGAAGAGAUCUGGCUUGGAAGAAAUCGCUGCGAGACAGGAGUCCUUCACCUUCUCGACUAGUUCACCGAGCUAUCGAUGAGAACAGAGUGUUGAGAGGUGGCGGUUCUGUGGAGGAGCUCCCAGAUCAUGCGGAGUUGCUUGCUAUUAUGGAUGAUGAUAUGUUGAUUUGA